GGGACCCCUGGGCACUGCUGCGCACAGAGCACUGCACUGGUCCUCUACCACGAGGACGCCGUGGUGGUGGGGCCGAGUGACACUCUGCUGGCUCCAUCUGGACGCCUCCCUGUCCAGGGCUGGAGAGAGCCCAACAGAGCUUCUGGCAUUGGCUGCCAGCCCCUGGCGCUCCUCAGCCUGCAGACGCGUCACUCCAGUCUGUGCCACCGUCAUCCCUGGGCGUUUGCCCCUGCACAGUGUGCUCACGUGGCUCUCGGAGGGCUCCAGUUGUUGGCUUACGGCCCAGCCUACUGACCUCACCCUAGCUUGAUCGCAUCAUCUGCAAAAGUCCAAAUAAAGUCAGACUCACAGGUACUGGGUUAGGAUUUCAACAUAUCUUUUCUGUGGGCACAAGUCAACCCACAACAGCCGGUCAGCCAAUGACAGUCAAUGAGAGCCAAUGUGAUUUUUCCAGAACUUCUGGGAGAGAGGCAAGUGCGUCCCUCUUUCCUGCUCUGAUGACGUGAGCCUAGGCUGCCACCUGUGCCACAUGUGACCUGAGGAUGUAGCCAAAUGGCGGAAAGUAAUGCCGAGAGGGAGGAAAAUAAGCUGUGUGAAAGUUUGAUCCCUGGAUGGAGCUGUUCCUGAAGGCGCACUGCCCCGGUCUUCUCAUACCUGUGAGCUGCAAAUCUCCUUUUCUGCCUAAACCACCUUCUCAAGUCUUCUGUCACCAGCAAUCAGAACAAAGUCAGUGGAUGAGAAACUGGUACAAGGAACAGGCUUUGCAAGGUGUGGCCUGAGUCCAAGUAGGGCGGGAGGCGUGGAGGCCUCUCCCCUCCCCCAGGAAACUGGUGAGAAGCUCGGCCAGGCAAGAAGCAGAGCGCUGUGCCUCCCACCCCACCCUGCCCCGCCGCCCUGUGUUUGUUUCAGGUAGUGAGAGGCUGGGCCAAGGGCGGGGGCAGGUGGGGAAAGUCAGACGCAGCCCUCCAGGGGGUGACCAGCAGCAAGGCCCAAGGCCGGCAAAGAGAUUCUGGGAGCCGUUCAAUGCCCGGGCAACCCCCAAGCCACGUGCUGAGGUGGUCAGCUCUGCGGUGCUACCCACGGGAGGGGCACUUCCCUGCAUGACAGCAGGUCAGAGGAAUGUGCAGUGAGGCACAGGCCAUGGGGCGGCAGGCAUCAUGGCUACUUCUGUCCAAGGGGGAUGUAAUGUGUGCCCCCUUGGCAGAAGCCCCAGCCUGGCUCAGGUGGCCCUUUCCCUCCGGCUCAGCCUUGGCCACAGAGAGUGCAGCCUGGGCGUGGCCACAUACCCCGCUCCCUGCCUGUCCUGGACCACCACUCACUGAGGGGUAGGAGCUGGUGCAGGCAGGGCUGGGACUGUCCUUAGCCCAGGUCGGGUGGGACUAGGCCCCAGCUUGUGCAAAGGCCCAGGGGCAGCACAGAGAAGGGGCCCUGGGACAGACAGCACACACAGCUGUGGGCACUAGCAAACCGCUGUCUGCCGUGUGAGUGAGCAGGAGUGUGGGUGGGGCCACCGGGCUCAGGGCCUGCCGGUCCACAUUGCUCAGUGGACAGAGGGCCACACAGGGGGCCCAAGCUGCCAAAAUGAGCAAGAUUGUCCAUGGGGCUGCUGGGCAGUGUUACUGUCCCCGUCUAGGAGGAGCUGGGCUCAGCCCAGGGCCUGGGUCCCAGGCGCCCGAUGAGAAAGGUUGGAGGUUUCCCCAAACCUGCUCCCAGGACUUCCCAGGCCUCUGGUCUCCCACUUCUCAGUCACAGGUCCUCGGCCAGUCCUGUGGAGCCUCGAAUGGAAGUCUGACCCAGCCCUGUCCUUUCUUGGACAGAAAGAUGUACACAUGGACCAGGUGUCAGGAGCUGGAGCACCUACUCGCCCUCUCCCCAUGGGAGGCUUGGAGAAAAGUGAGGAGAAGGGGCCGGAGGGGGCCCUGUGAGGACACCCUGGCAGCUGCAGAGACGCCUGGUGCGCGGAAGCGUCCGCCAGCCUGCCCCGGCCUGUCCGCCCACCCCACCCAACACUUUCUGAUGGAAAGUUCCCAGGGCAACAGCAGCACAAACCCCAUGGAAAAGACAAGUCUGGGCAGGCAGGGCCAGCUCCUGGGAGGGCCCAGGGCCCAGUAUGGCGUGGACAUGGGAAAGUCCCUGGCUUGCCUGCCGGACGCAGCCUGCUCCUUGGUAGAAGCCGGCGUCGGGUGAAGGAAUGAGUAGGCUGCGUGGUGCCCCAGCUGCCAUGGGAAACCCGGUCUCGCGACUGGGCUGCCUGGGGGAGGGGAGGAGGCGCGCCGGGGCCAGCCCGAGGGCCCAAGGGGGCCCCUCCCUGCCCGCAGAUCCCUGGGGCCAGCCCCCACCAGGGAUCUCCUGGGCCCGCUGGCGACCCCGUGCCGUGGAGGUGACAGAGGUGACAGAGGUGACAGAAGUGACAGAGACGGUGGUGACAGAAGCUGUGGAAGUGGGACCCGUCCAGCCAGGAAGGCAGCCAGCCCUGGCAUCCCCAGGGCCCCUGGACACUACUCGCAGCUGGCUGGAAGGCAUGGAGGAGCUUCAGGCCUCACAGGGACCCCUGGCCCCUGACGUCACGGUGGCUGUGGCCCAGCUGCGGGAGCAGAAGCUCCUCCGGCACCUGCUGGAGGAGAGGGCGCUCCAGGUGGAGUUGAGGCUGCAGGAGGCGCAGAGCCCUGGACAGCUGCGGGCCCGGUGGGAUGGCCUGGUGCAGCGAGCAGAGGCCAGGUGGGGGCUCCUGGAGCAGCUGGUCCCUGCGGCCCGGAGCUUCGAGGCGGCCCGUAGCGCCCUCUUGGCUCUGCUGACCCCAGGCGAGCAGCUCCUGGCUGAGCUGUGGCAGGACCAGCUGGGGCCUGAGGGCUGCAAGGGGGCCGUGCAGCGCCUGCAGGGUGUGUGCGAGGGGGCUGCAGCCCGGACAGAAGGCCUGGAGAGGGCCCUGGAAGCUGGCCAAAGGUUGGCAGAGCUGCUCGCGGAGGACGAAGCUCUGCUGGUGAGGGGACAGCUGCAGCGGCUCCGGGAGCGGGUGAGGCUGACCGGGGAAGGCGCUGCCCGCGCCCGGCAGAAGCUGCUGCAGGACCUGGGGACAGAGUCCUCUGACCCCUCGCCCCUGACAAGCCCGGCAGCCCAGCUGGAACCGAAGAGGGCAGCCUCUGAACAUCGAGGGCUCGAGAACCGAGAGCAGCUGAGUGCCUGGCUGGCACCCUGGACAGAGGCCCCAGGCCAGGCGGUAGUGGACACAGCGUCCAUUCAGGAACCGAACCCCCCACCAGGUCCCGCGAAACCUACAGGGGUCACUGUAGAGAAAAUGCGAGGCCUGGCCCCAGAGGUGGGCUCAGGGACCCCAGCUGUGUUCCGGGCAGAGGUGGAGCUUCUGGGAGGGUGCCGGUCAGAGGCUCAGGAGCAGGACACUAGGCUGAAGGUUGCACGGGGUCCGGUGGAGCUGGCGGCCAGUGAGGAGGGGCUGCAACCUGAGGGCAGCUGGGCCCAAGCUUUGCAGGUUUUCCCGUGGGAGCUGUGGGGAGAGUGGACCCUGUCGGCAUCUUUGCUGUGGAGGGAACCAGCCCUACCAGGAAGGGCCACCGGCAGGGGCACCUGCCACCUGGGCCUGCUGCUGGAGCCGCAGGGCUGCCGGGCUAUGGCGUCCAGCUCCACAACAGAGAGGCCGCGCGUCCUGGAGGGGAUGGCGAUGCUGGCUGCCCCACACUUUGCGGAGGAGCUGCUUACGCUGCCCACCAGGCGAGCCAGGCAGAGCCCCACGGGCCCAAGCCAGGGCCUGUGGCCAGGGGCUGUGGCCGGCACAGCCACCUUCUGGACCAGGCUGGGGUCGUCAUGAUGGCACUGCUCCCAGGGGUCCUCAGACCCCCCUCCUUGCACCAGGACUCUGAGUGCCCCUCUGACCUGCAGGUGCUCUGGGGGAAGGAGGGCAGCCUGCAGGGACUCUGGGUGCCCAGUGGCCACUCAGGCAGGGACACCAGUCUAGGGGCUGGGGGUGGCAGGUCAAGCAGUGGGCAGGAUGGGGCAUGGGGGGGCUCACCUCAUCAGCCUCCCAACACCCCCCACCUACACCAACUCCCUGAGGCUCCUCUCUGCUCCCGCCCUGCUGUGCAGGUGGUGCAGGCCCGGGGCUGGGGGCUAGAGGAGUGGCCUGUGGCCCUGGGGGCUGCUGGGCUGAAGCCCUGGACCAGAGCUCCAGGGAAGGCCCUGACCCUGAGGGACCCUGGCCAGGGACAGCCUGAGGACCUCAGGAGCAGGACAGUCACCCGGGCGUCCCUGGGAGGGCUCCUGGAAGACCUGAGCUGGAGACCACCACAGGGAGUGGGAGCCACACGGAGAGGAGCUGGAGGGACGAGGACCAGUGGGCAUGACGUGGGGAGGGGCAGCCACGUGCAGCCCCCCACUGCGUGCAGGUGAGCGGUGGGCACACCCGGGCACAGAGAGAGAUCCAGGACCAGCCAGUCUCACACUGCCUUCUCACAGCGUGGAGCUGGCACGCACACGGGUUUCAUGGCCUGGUGGCCAUGCUGCCUGCAAUGGCUUGGCCACAGGCAGCACCAGCCCGCCUCCCAGCAGAACAUUGUGGACAGCGGCCAGUGGUCCGGUGAGCAGGGCAGGGGAUGGAUGCAGUUGCCCUGACCCAUCUUGGGGGAAUGUGGGCCCAUACCAGAGCUCUUUACUCUGUUGGGGUCAGGGCUCCCCAGCGGCCAGCAGCAGCCACACAGCGUGGCCAGUGUGGCGGAUGUGGACAGGGACAAGGACACAGGUGGCCAAAGGACGGCUCAGGGUCCAGGAAGCCUCAGUAAGCAGGUGUGAGCAUGGGCUUGGGUGGGAGUGAGGGCAGAGCUGUGGUAACUGACCCCACACCCUCCACCCCAGAAGCCCGGACCCCCACCCCCCUGUGCCCGCGCAGGUGUCUCGAGGUGCUCUCAUGGUCCGUGUCGGAGGUGGCUGGGUGGCCCUGGAUGAGUAUCUGGUCAAGUAUGACCCAGGCAGAGGUGAGGGCUGGGGGAGAGGAGAGUCUAAGUCCCCAGGGCCCCAACUGGGGGCAGAAGAGGAAAGGUCUUGGGCCCUGACCCUGGGGGACAAGAGGGUACCUGCUCGACCCUCUCCACCUGGGAUCUCUGGGCAGCAAAAGGGAGGACCAGCCAGAAGAUCCAUGAGCGAUUCCUGUCAUGGGCUGUGGCUCCCAGCCUGCCAGCCCCUGCGGUUGUGCCUGAAAGGCUCUGGGCCUCCAUCCUCUGCACCACCGGGAGCCCCCUGUCCCGGAAGGUGGGUGCUCGGAUGGGCAUAUGAGAGAGGGCCAAUGUUCUCCCGGGUGGACAGAAACCUCCUCUGAGCCCAGGUGGAGGGGCUGGACCCAUGGGGUAAGGCCUGGUCAUC